GUUCAUCAACACCAAGGGAGGAUGUCAGAUCUGGCUCAGCCACAUGGCAACCAUCCACGGCGUCCAGGUUUCAGACCUGCACAAGAAGGUCACCUGGGAGGAUAUGACAAAGGAAUGGAAGAAGCGGUUCAUAGUGGAUGACGCACCCGCGCUCGCCAUCAACCGCAUCUUCGCGAUGGCUCAAGGGAGCACACCGACACGUGACUGGCUCACGGAUUGGCAGAAGAUCGUGGCCACGCCCGAUCUGGACUUGCCUUUUUCGCAUCUACGCCGUGAGUUCUACAACAGGUCAUGCACCGCUUUCAGCCUCGCACUGGGUGAUCGCGAGCAGUACAGCACUUUCGCAGAGAUCAUCAACAAGGCGAGAGAGAUCAUCAAGACCAACAGGGCGGCCGCACACGAGAAGUCAACGUGGCAGCCAACCUAUGUGGAGAAGGUACGAACUGGUCCGCGACAGCAGCAGUUCGCUGCAGUCCAAUCGGACAGUGGAGAAGACCCAGCAGCCACUCCAGCAUCACGUGAGGGAGAUCAGGUGGCUGCUGUCCAGCCGCAAAGCAACAAGCCCCGAGUGAACGGGAAGGCGAAACCAGCAUCGCAGGCCGGAAACGGACAGCCAGCAAUGGGUCAACUUCGGCUUGACCAAGGCCGAGUACAAACCGGAGGAUUGCCGAAACCGCAUUGCAAUGUGCUCAUGUCACAACUGCGAGAUUACUUGCACACUGCAGUACCAACUCCCUUGAUGGACGCCGGAGUAGAGGUUGUCGACCUUCACACUUACAUUGCGAAGAUCGACCGCGAGUUCAAGACGCAACGGUACGACGACAUGGACGCACCAUUGCUAUAUGUACGCAUUCAGAUCGGAGAGGCAACCUGCAACGCUUUGAUCGAUUGCGGAGCAUCUCGCAACUACAUCAGCCAGGACUUCAUGGUGCGCGCCGGCCUUGGCCCACGUGUCCGGAGGAAGUCCCAGCCUACGCAAGUCACUUUGGCAGACGAUCGUACGCACAAGUCCAUCGACCAGUGCAUUGACGCCGUCCCCGUGUACUUUGCCCCUCACGCAAGUGAGGCGGUGUCCUUUGAUAUUCUGGACAUCAAAUUUGACAUGAUCUUGGGCAUGUCAUGGCUGCGAAGCGAGGAUCACCCGGUGAACUUCUUCCACCGCACCGUUCACAUUUGUGAUCGGAACGGAAUAUUAGUUCCAUGCACGGUACCUCUUCCUCAUCCUUCGAUCAGCUGCCACGUGGUAUCCGCCGCAAGCAUGCGAGCAUCCAUCAUCAGAAACGACAUCAAGGAGAUGGGGGGGUGUUUUCUCCACGCCCUCCCGCCCCGAGACGCUUCAUCGACGGACUCAUCUUCAGAUCCAUGCAUCACCGAACUUCUCGACGCCUACAGCGACGUGUUUGAAGGCCCGCACGGAGUAGUACCGGAUCGGCCCAUCCGCCACGAGAUCAUCCUCGAGGACGGGGCCGUACCUCCCCGCGGCUGCAUGUACCGAAUGAGCGAGGAAGAGUUAAGUGUGCUCUGUGCACAACUCGACGAUCUUCUAGAGAAAGGCUGGAUUCGGCCUAGCUCAUCGCCAUACGGUGCUCCUGUCCUCUUCGUCCGGAAGAAGAAUAAGGACCUGCGGUUGUGCAUCGAUUAUCGCAAGCUCAACGCGCAGACGAUCAGGAACGCCGGCCCUCUCCCAUGCAUCGACGACUUUCUCGAGCGAUUGGGCGGCGCCCAGUUCUUCUCUAAGCUGGAUCUCAAGUCAGGGUACCACCAACUCGAGAUUCGCAAGGAGGAUCGCUACAAGACCACGUUUAAGACACGGUAUGGGCAUUUCGAAUGGCCGGUCAUGCCGUUUGGCCUUAAGAAUGCCCCAGCCACUUUCCAAGCGGCUAUGACAACGGAGUUCCGACACAUGCUGGAUCGGUUUGUACUCAUCUACCUCGACGACAUCUUGGUGUAUAGUCGGAGUUUGGACGAGCAUGUGGAACACCUGCGCACCGUUUUGGAGCGGCUACGACAAGCCAAGUACAAAGCAAACCGCGACAAGUCAGAUGCACUCUCGCGGAGACCCGAUCUUUGCGCUAUGACACAUCAUGCCUUCGCAUUCGACGAGGAGGUUCAGCGACACUUCAUCCGGGCAUAUCAGUCUGAUCCGGACUUCGGCACGCUCUAUGCACAGCUAUCUUCGGAUCACCCGCCGGCCAGCCAUUACCGCAUUGCCGACAGGUACUUGCUCCUCCACUCGAGAGGCAAGGACUUACUAUAUGUCCCACGCGACCGUCGUCUUCGGACUCGCCUCCUUGGCGAGUAUCAUGAUUCACGACUCGCCGGCCAUUUCGGAGUCAACCGCACUAUUGCACGGCUUCGACAGCGAUUCCGAUGGCCCGACCUCAUUACCGAUGUCACUCGGUAUUGCGACUCUUGCGAAGUUUGCCGACGCAGCAAGCCCCGCAACCGCAAUCCCUACGGCGAGUUACACCCGAUGCCUAUCCCACAGCAACCCGGUCUCUCCAUUGCCAUGGACGUCACCGGUGCGUUUCCUCACAACCGGCUCGGGCACGACAGCAUCCUCACGGUUGUGGACCGAUUGAGUAAGUACGCGCGUUUUCUCCUUUGCAAGUUCUACUCCACAGCUCCCGAGCUGCCACGCCUCCUGCACACUGCUUGGAUUUGUGGCCACGGUGUACCAGAAGACAUUGUCAGCGACCGCGACACUCGUUUCAUGUCGGCAUUUUGGACUGCUCUCAUGCAGGAGUCUGGCACAACAAUGAAACCAAGUUCGGCUCGACAUCCUCAGACAGAUGGGCAGACGGAGCGGGCACAUCAAACCGCUCAAAUGAUGCUUCGUACGCUCAUUCGUCCGUACCAGAAAGAUUGGGUUGACCGCCUCCCCGACAUCGAGUUCGCCUACAACACUUCGGUGCACCCGGCGAUCGGCGUGACUCCAUUCGAGUUGCACCACGGUGGACGAAAAGGCCGCAUCUUCGCCGACCUUCUCCUCCCUCGACCAGCCGACAUUGACGCCGCUUGCUCCCCCGCUUCCGUUCGGAAGUACAGGGACUUGCUGACUCAAGCCCGCGCAAAUAUGCAAAAGGCUCAAGUUCGCAUGCAGCAGCAAGCCAACAGGCGUCGCGUACCAUGUCCCAUCCGCACCGGUGAUCUGGUUUGGGUCUCCGCGGAAGAGUUUGCAUUGGAACAGGACGUUUCACGCAAACAACUUCCCAAGUGGUUUGGACCUUGGUCUGUGACAGCAGCCGCGGGCGAUGAGCCCGAUGGCCCUUCAUUUGUGAUCAACAUUCCAGAGCAUCUGACGGUCCAUUCGGUCUUCCACGCCUCGAAGCUGGCAACAUACACGCCAGCCAAGAGCGACGACUUUCCGGGCCGACGAUCGCAGGACCCUCCUUCUAUGGAUGGCCAUCAGGAAGUUGACCGCGUCAUCACCGAUCGCAAGUACGGCAGCAAGCCGCGACAGUACAAAGUCACAUUCAAAGCAUGCGAUCGCGACGACACUCGGUGGAGUUCAGGAGCAGAUUUGAAAGCAUCCGCACCGCUGAUCUACGCUCACUAUGAACGUCAAAGGUUAGCCAAGGGACCUCCACGACCUGCCCCUCCCACCCGGACUGUGGUUCCUCCCUCAGACAGACAGCUUCGCCCUCGCAGCUGUUUUGGAUAUGCGAUGAGAGGAGUGGGAGUAUGGUUGGAUUCGCCAGAGCGACCGGGGACGAUGUGUUUCACGCGACAAUUUGGGAUGUAGUAAUUGAUCCUAACUGGCAGGGCUGUGGACUUGGCAAGGUAAUGUAUCUUUUGCUAUGUUACC